UUUAACUUCCGGUUAGUUACAAAGACGUCAACGUAGGGCUAUGUAGUGGAAAUUUUUUUAUCGAAAUAAGACUAUUAAUCAGUCUGUUUAUGAUUUAAUUUGGUAAAGAAAAGUCUAUUUGACAUGGACGCUACAAGUCUAUACAUCACUACAUGCCGUUAUAUUUUAAAUGCUGACCUAAAUGACGAGAAUUCUGGCGACGAUCUGUAUCGUCUACUUCCGUAUUUACGUCAGUCUUUGUCGUGUUGUGUUUGCACGCAGUUACUGAAUGGACCGAUGGGGCCUGCGAACCCAACAUGUCAACACCAUGUUUGUCAGGGUUGUAUCGGAGGCAAGAAGCGGCUUAGGCCUGCUUGUGGCUGGUGCACAGAUUACUCGAAAUUUAUUGAAAAGAAACAGUUACGGAUACUACUGUCAUGUUAUAAAAAGAUGUGCGAAUACAUUGCCGACACGCCCAUCUCAAGGAGUCUCGUUGGUACUAAUGGAGGGACAAGCAAUGUACUCGCCCUUCUCCAUGAGGGAAUGGCAAUUAAUGUAGAUAACUUGGAAGACUCUGACAGUGCUUCAAAUUUCAAUAUUAUGUCACUACUUCAAACUAAAUCCAAUUGUGUUGCAACGUUGAGUUCUGGGACCAGGAGAGGGAGGAAACGAAAGAAUAAAAGAUUAGUAUGCAACACUCAAAAGAAUACACCAGAGGAACCAACGAAAACAACAGAAGCAGAAUCUAGGCCCUCUCCAAAGACUGAACAGCAAACAGCAUGUGAGGAUACAAAGCUACCAUCAACAUCACAUGAUGCGUGUAAUAUUGAAUUGGAAACAUCACAAACUUCACCAGAAAAACGGAACAGUUCUGGGGUCAAAAAACAAAAAUAUAAACGUCAUUCAGCCCCUUCUGGGUCACAUAAGUUUAUGAACACGGGAAUCAACCGUGGGAGACAUAGAAAAUUUAAGAGAUAUAGAACGAAAAGUGAUUCAGCUAUCACCGAUAAGACAAUGCGAUCGGCGGCAAUAAAUUAUGUAAAAACAAAUACAAAUGUGCAAAAAAAAUUGAUUAUAUCUGGGCGGAGGGCAAAACUUUUACGAGAGGGGCGCAAAUUGGUUAUUCAACAGGGUUGUCGGUGUGGCACAUGGGCACCGGGAGGUGGGACAGCAAGCACGUGUCAAGGGCGUAGGUGCCCUUGUUUUAUGUCAGGUACGCCCUGUACGAACUGCAAGUGCAAGGGGUGCAGCAACCCAAUGGAGGUGGAUACUACAGAUGAAGCCAGGGGAAAUGUGGAAAUUGAUAAUAAAAAUGAGUCCAGUUUACAGAGUGGUAGCCGGAGCAAGUUGCAGUAGUUGACUAACUGUAGGCUCAAUUGACUAACUGUAGGCUCAGUUUUAUAUGACUGAAACUAAUAGUAUUAAUUAAGGUACAGUACUAUACUAAAAUACCUGUACUGCUACCAACUUGGAAAAUGUAUUUGAACAGGCUAUAUUUUUCUUUUAUCCUGUUGUGAAUCCCAGUAAUUCUGUCUGUGAAGAGUCUCAUUAUAUAUUGUUAAACCAGAUAUCGUGUUGGAUUUGUUUUGUUUCUUCUAAUUACUUUUCAUAUCUAUUGUAUUUAUAAUUAUGUAGCGCCUUGUACAUUUGUGUGAUGGUGCUGUAAGUACGGUACAGUAUGUCAGAAUCUCAAUGCAAUUGGGUCAAUGAAAUUUGACGUAAUGUAUUAAAAACUGAAAAGGUACUGUAAGUAUGUAUCAACCAACUUUAAAAUAUUAUCAAUUUGCGAAGAUGACUGGCAGAUGAAAACAUACAAAAAGCAUAACCUGCAAAGACUUACAAACGAUAGCUGAGGGGGAUAAAAAAAAAACACAUGAUGUGGGAGAACAUUUUUAAACAUUAGAGUUGUGAUGAUGGAUAUGGAAAGUGAUUGAUUCAAAGAUUAUAAUAAUAAUUCAAAAUUUUUAUAGCGCAAAUUAUAAAACAAUGUUAAAAUCAAUGAAUGCA